UUUCGACACUGUCCAAUGCGUGGUCUGGUGUUCUACCAUGGAACUAUAUGGAACUAUCUUCAGUUUUUGACAGCCGUGUGACAGCUAACAGCUGAUCGGUAAAAUGCUGCAAGAAACGACGCCUAACAUUUAAACGCUUGAUAUUCUUUGUUGGUGCUAAAAUCGGUAAGAGAAAACAAUAUGUGCCCAGCUUUGCUGGAAGAUGAUGAGCGUUGUCUAGGUGGAACGACGUUCUUUGCUAGAAGUCAUCCAGUCGAGUUGUGUGGCAGCAACGGACUGCCACUGACUCCAAAUUCUAUAACAAUCUAUGGCAGGUCUCAAUUCUUAAAGACGAUAGAGCAUUCAAACCUGUCCACUUAUCUGGAUAUAAUUAGGAGUAAACAUGAAAGGAUUGUCGUUGUGGCUGAGUAUAGCGGAGAGCCUUUAAGCAACAGGAAUAAUUUAUCCCUGGAAACCGUGAAGAAGAUUUUGUACCAAUGCCUCCUCGGUCUAUGCCACAUAAAUAAAUUAGGCUUGGUACAUAGGCACCUGAGCCCAGACAAUAUUUUAAUUACCAAAGAUGAAAAUGUCAAGCUGUAUAAUUAUGGACUUUAUUACAUGACGGAUAGUGGCAGAAACGUUUCUUUCCCAAUUGGGUACCCAAAAUAUCUAGCACCAGAGGUAUUUUUAGGAAAUAAUCCAAAUGGUGUGAAGGUCGAUAGUUGGUCUCUGGGGAUGAUAAUUGCUGAAUGUUUGUUAAAACAGAAUAUCUGGUCUGGUGUCAAGUUAGCCCAAUGUUUGCGCAAAGUUUUGAGCCUUAUAAAUUCAGAGACAACGAUUUUUGAAAGAAUUGCGAGGGAAAAUAACUGUUUAAAAACCUACGAGGCGUUACCAGAGGUUGUUAAAGACUUCAUUGAUUCCUGCCUUCAAAUUUACCCAAGUAAAAGAAAAACUCCAGAAGAAUUGUUACAGCAUACUUUAUUCGAAGAAUUUUUAAAAAAAGAUUUGGUAUCGAAAGAACAAAAGAUCUAUAAUAGUGUUACUGCGAGAAAAAUGGAUGAACUCUAUUAUUUAUGGCAACUUGCGGGUGGCGAUAUUACAAUGGAAUUAAAGAAACAAGGAUUAAUAAGAUCUCGACCUCCCAUUUUGUCUGUACCAAACUUAGUGGUACUGCUGGGCCAAAUAUUUGGUCGCAGAGACAUGGCUGGACUGCUUGAUUUGAGAGUGGUUAAAGUACCUUUGGAUACAUUACGGCAGCGAUUAUGUCACAUUCCAUUUACAGCCAAUUACCCUCGAUUGAUGAACGGGACACACAUCCAAGCACAGGACAAUUUGACGCGUGCUGCGUCACAAUUACCAUUAAUAAUUAGAGAAAGAGACACAGAAUAUCAAUUUUAUAGAAUUGUACUCUAUGAAAGAUUACUGCAGGGUUAUCCAAUCACUAGAGAUGCCAUCAUUAGGGAGGCUCACAAGGACAUUCCACCACUGGUGCGAGGCCGAGUUUGGGCAGCACUGCUGAAUGUAAGUGGCGACAUAGAACGCAGAUACCAAAUGAUUGACAAAGAAACGCCAACGCAUACAGAUCGACAGAUUGAAGUCGACAUUCCACGAUGUCAUCAAUACAGUGAAUUAUUAUCCUCGGGAGCAGGCCAUCAGAGACUGCAGAGAUUACUAAAGGCCUGGGUUAGAGAUAAUCCUAACUACGUAUACUGGCAGGGCCUAGAUUCACUAACAGCACCAUUCUUGUUCCUCAACUUUGAUAAUGAAGCUCGAGCAUUUGCUUGCAUAUCAGCGUUCAUCCCUAAGUAUCUUCACAAAUUCUUUCUAAAGGACAACUCUGCAGUGAUCCAAGAGUAUUUGGGCAAAUUUUCUCAAACCAUAGCCUUUCACGAUCCACAGUUAGCCAAUCAUUUGAAAUCCAUCAAUUUUGUCCCAGAGUUGUUUGCAAUACCAUGGUUCCUGACAAUGUUUUCACAUGUAUUUCCUCUACACAAAAUCCUGCACUUAUGGGACAAACUUCUACUGGGAGAUUCUUCGUUUCCCUUAUUGGUUGGUCUAGCAAUACUUAGGCAACUGCGAGAUUCGUUACUCACAUCAGGAUUUAAUGAAUGUAUUUUACUAUUCUCUGAUCUUCCUGAAAUCGAUAUCGAGCUAUGUGUCAAGGACUCAAUGGCCAUGUAUUACAAAACGCCAGCCAGCAUUACUUACAGGAGUCAUCAACUCGAUCAAUCAAAGGCAACAAACUGGAUUGACCCUGAACCAGGGACUGAAAAAAUGCCAAGAAUUAGCAUUAAGGACUUUAUGAAUCUCUUGCAAAACAGUAAACAAAAUGUGAUUGUCGUUGAUCUACGGAAUAACAUACAAUUUGAAAGGGGCGCAGUUUUGGGUAGCAUCAAUAUUCCAUUUACAAGUGUUCAACUUUCUCACACAGACAUAAUGUCGCUUGGUCCACAUGCCGAACCGCUAGCAAAUAACAGAGACAGCAUUGUCGUAAUUAUUGGUCAACACGAUCAAAACAAUGCAUUGUUUACAGAAUUUCUGAUAAGCUGUCGUGUUCUAAGAGUGUGUUCCCUAGAAGGAGGCAUUUACGCUCUACGUUCCACUGCUCCGCAUAUUCUGGUUCCGCCACGAUAGAAAAGAACAAAUUUAUACCAUUAUACCAUUUUUGUAAUAACACAUAAAUAUGUCUUGUAUGAUCUGUAAUUUAUAACAUACGUUAGUUUAUCGUAUACAUUGUAUAAUGUUCCCUUAAAAAAUAAAGAUUUGUAUUUCUUCAUGA